GCAUUGGAGAUUUCUUGUAGACUUGUUCAUUCUCGUGUGCCUUGCUCCAAUCGCAUCGCUUGGUGAUUUCUUUGUUAUCAGAGUGCUCAUAUCGUACCCUAAAGUCUGAGAGAACUCGAGUAUACUUGAGCUCGUUGAGAUUUUGAGAUAUAUUUCUGGUGUAGCAUAUACACGCCGACAUCAUUUAAUCUCGUCUUGUUAGACAUCACUUCAUCAUCCAGCAUGGCUGAGAUUGAUGUCGAAGCCGUGUUGAAGAAGCUGACUUUGGCAGAAAAGGUCGACUUACUAGCAGGCAUCGACUUCUGGCACACAAAAGCCCUCCCCCAGCACGGCGUCCCCUCGCUGCGCUUCACAGACGGCCCCAACGGUGUAAGAGGCACAAAGUUCUUCAAUGGCGUCCCCGCGGCCUGCUUCCCCUGCGGCACGGCCCUCGGUUCCACCUUCAACACGUCGCUGCUCGAACAGGCAGGUAAGGCCAUGGGCACAGAGGCCAUCGCCAAGAGCGCCCAUGUGAUCCUCGGCCCGACUAUCAACAUGCAGCGCUCGCCCCUCGGCGGGCGAGGCUUCGAGUCCAUUGGCGAGGAUCCCUUCCUGGCCGGGCUGGGAGCCGCGGCGCUGGUGCGUGGCAUCCAGAGCACCGGCGUGCAGGCGACGAUCAAGCACUUUCUGUGCAACGACCAGGAGGACCGGCGCAUGAUGGUGCAGAGCAUCGUCACGGAGCGCGCGCUGCGGGAGAUUUACGCGCUGCCCUUCCAGCUGGCCGUGCGGGACUCGCAGCCGGGGGCGUUCAUGACGGCGUACAACGGCAUCAACGGCGUGUCGUGCAGCGAGAAUGCCAAGUACCUCGACGCCAUGCUGCGCAAGGAAUGGGGCUGGGACGGCCUCAUCAUGAGCGACUGGUACGGCACGUACAGCACCUCCGCCGCCGUCGUGGCCGGGCUCAACCUCGAGAUGCCCGGCCCGCCCCGGUUCCGCGGCGAGACGCUCAAGUUCAACGUCUCCAACGGGAAGCCCUUUGUCCACGUCAUCGACCAGCGCGCCAGGGAGGUGCUCCAGUUCGUCAAGAAAUGCGCGGCCUCGGGCGUCAAGGAGAAGGGCCCCGAGACCACCGCCAACAACACGCCCGAGACGGCGGCGCUGCUCCGCAAAAUCGGCAACGAGGGCAUCGUGCUCCUCAAAAACGACAACAACGUGCUGCCCCUGAAAAAGGACAGGAAGACGCUCGUCCUCGGCCCCAACGCCAAGCAGGCCACCUACCACGGCGGAGGCUCCGCUGCUCUGAGGGCCUACUACGCAGUCACCCCCUUUGACGGCAUCAGCAGCCAGCUCGCUUCACCGCCGUCAUACACCGUCGGCGCCUACACGCACCGCUUCCUCCCCGUGCUGGGCGAGCAGUGCACGACGCCAGACGAUGGCAUCGCCGGCAUGCGCUGGAGAGUCUUCAACCAGCCCCCCGGCACCCCUGGCCGGCAGCACAUUGACGAGCUCUUCUUCACCAAGACGGAGAUGCACCUCGUCGACUACUACCACCCCAAGGCCGCCGACACGUGGUACGCCGACAUGGAGGGCACGUACACCGCCGACGAGGACUGUGUAUAUGAGCUCGGCCUCGUUGUUUGCGGCACGGCAAAGGCCUAUGUAGACGGCAAGCUCGUCGUCGACAACGCAACCCACCAAGUCGCCGGCGACGCCUUCUUCGGCUCCGCCACCCGCGAGGAGACCGGCCGCGUCAACCUCGUCAAGGGCAAAACGUACAAAUUCAAGGUCGAGUUUGGCUCCGCGCCGACCUACACGCUCAAGGGCGACACCAUCGUGCCCGGCCACGGCUCGCUCCGCGUCGGCGGCUGCAAAGUCAUCGACGACCAGGCCGAAAUCGCAAAGUCCGUCGCCCUGGCCAAGCAGCACGACCAGGUCAUCAUCUGCGCGGGGCUCAACGCCGACUGGGAGACCGAGGGCGCCGACCGCGCGAGCAUGAAGCUGCCCGGCGUGCUGGACCAGCUGAUUGCCCAAGUGGCCGCCGCAAAUCCGAAUACCGUCGUCGUGAUGCAGACGGGCACCCCUGAGGAGAUGCCCUGGCUGGAACAGACGCCCGCCGUGGUGCAGGCCUGGUACGGCGGCAACGAGACGGGCAACUCCAUCGCCGACGUCGUCUUUGGCGGCUACAACCCCUCUGGCAAGCUGUCGCUCAGCUUCCCCAAGCGGCUGCAGGACAACCCGGCCUUUUUGAACUACCGCACCGAGGCUGGCCGCACUCUAUACGGCGAGGACGUCUACGUCGGGUACAGAUACUACGAGUUCGCCGACCGCGACGUCAACUUCCCCUUUGGCCACGGCCUCUCCUACACAACCUUUUCCUUCUCCGGCCUCAGCGUCGCCCACGCGGACGGCAAGCUGAGCGUGUCGCUCUCCGUGAAGAACACGGGGUCCAUUGCCGGCGCACAAGUAGCCCAGCUGUACAUCCGCCCCGUACAAGCCGCGAGAAUCAACCGCCCCAUCAAGGAGCUCAAGGGCUUUGCAAAGGUCGACCUGCAGCCGGGCGAGACGAAGAGCGUGACGAUUGAAGAGCAGGAGAAGUACGUUGCUGCGUACUUUGACGAGGAGCGCAAUGAGUGGUGCGUUGAGAGGGGCGAGUAUGAGGUUAUUGUGAGUGAUAGCAGUGCUGUCGGGGAUGGGGCGCUGAAGGGGAGGUUUUCGGUGGAGGAGACGUAUUGGUGGAGUGGGAUUUAGGGUUUAUUAUAUAUAUACCUACCUAGCUGACGAAUUUAAUGACAAUGUAACGAUCCGUUAUAACCGUUGAUUCAAACAAGGCAAAGAAUUAGGCCGAUAAUCGCUACUGUAACGGAAUCAGCUGUUUACCAGGAAUUCAACUUGUUACGAGGGCACCAAGUCGUAACAGACAGUUUGCAAUACUAUUUUUGACCAAGUUCAUAUCAAGUUUUUUUUUUUUUUUUUCUUUCUUUUUUUUCAAAACUAUAUGCUUUUCGAAGAAUCGUACUGCACUACACUAAAUAAAGUAACAAGAAUCAACAACACACUUUGCCAGCUCAAAAUCUCCUCCAAUACAAAUUAUCUCACCACAGAUGCAACAGCAAAAUCAUUCAUCCUAGCAAUCGUUUCAACGUAAAAAAAAAAGAAAUACCCGCUUGCUCAUCUUUUCCACCUCUUAAUGAUCCUCAAAUGUUCCAUCUUUUGAAUACCCAAUCAGUGGUUCGCCCAUGUCUCUAAUGAAAAAAACGUAUAAAAAGAGCUCUUCCCCGGCCUCAUCCACAAAGGGCAAGAGAAGUCAGCACUCUAUCACGCAAAAGGCUGUUUUUUUGUUAUUCAAAAUCCACAUUGUUGCGUCCCGUUUCCCCCUUGUUGCAUCGAGCCCCCCCCUGCAGGUUCCCUGGUACAUAUAUGUACGGGGGAGGGGGGGGCUCAUGGGUAUGCGCGCGUAAUCGCUCUGCAUUCGUCCAAGCUGGAGGCAUACGUGUAAGUCGCCUUGUCGUCUGACAUGAAAUCUCGCCAAAGCAAUCGCAUAUUUGCAGUUUUGUAGCAGAAUGCCGGCUGCAGCAAGUAAUACCCGCAAGUAUCCGGCAUGCUCUGGUCAUUUUGAAAUCUCUCCUUGAGAAAUUCCCUCCACGGUACAGCAUCGUACCCCUUGGAGGUGGAAAGCAACUCCAUCUACUCAAUCAGCUCGUGAUCGUCAUUGCACCGCACGUUGGCAACCACCUCUGGGAUGCUUGCCUCCCGCAGAAUAAACCCGUGCUUCUCCACCACAUUCUCUCCCCCCGAAGGGCCGUACUGGUAAUCCAUCCCGUCAUCCUGGGGGUAAUUGUACUGGUCCCCCCUGAGCCACCGCUGCAGACUCAACGCCGUAUUGGCCGCGCUGAUGGCGACGUGCCAGUUCUCCAGGCCCAUGGUCAUCCAGCCAACCACGGACAGCGUCUUGAUCAUCCGCGCGGGCGGGGACGUGUGGCAGCUUGGCACCGCCGCUGCCAUGACCCAGAUGAAGACGCCCACGGCAGUCUUCCAGUACGGCACCGAAACCUCCCAGACCAGCUCCCACAACUUGAGGAAAUCAGUCUCGUUUAGGAUCUGGCUGGUGGGCACGCGGGCAAUGAUGGCUCGGUAGUAAAUCGAGGCC